AUGUCUGACGACGAGGUUGACACCGAGCUGUUGGAACUCCUCCGCCAACAUCUUCAGGGGAAGAUCGAUAUCCAGGAGGAGCCCGAGACAGGCGUCCUGGAGAGCGCUGAAUAUGUCUACGACAGUUGCAUUGAUGUUGCCGUUGACAUGCGUGCAUCUAAAAAGGCAGCUGAGAACAUUUAUGAGCAAAUGCAACAGAAGAGUUACUCAACUGCCACCUGGUCAGAGCAUGAACUUCACCCCAAGGCCAAGGACGAAACUACUGUCAACUUCAUUUUCACUAUGGACUUGCUGAACUUUUCUUUCUGGUCUGAACUACCUGAUGAUGAACGCUUUGCUAUUGAAUAUCGCGGGAAAAGAUGGACUGGUUAUUGGAGUUUGGUGGCAGCUCUCCAAAGAGCAAUUGAUGAAGGCAUUCCUAUCACGGAUCCUUUCUACUGGAAGAACGAAGAAGAGUGUACCCUGGAAUCCCUCACCCAUGUUUUCCGGUCAUGCACAGAAGAGGAAAUUCCCCUCCUUGAAGAACGUUUAGACUGCCUCCGAGAAGCUGGCCAGGUACUCUUCAAGCACUACGAUGGCUCUGUUGCAGAGCUCAUUUACGCUGCUGACGGUUCUGCGGCACGCCUGGUGAACUUGCUGGCGCAGGAUUUUGACUGCUUUCGUGAUGAGCAUCGUUUCGAAGAUGGCAAGAUGAUUCGGCUGAUGAAGAGAGCACAAAUCCUCGUUGCGGAUCUUUGGGCAUGUUUCAACGGCGCGUCAUACGGCGAAUUUCGAGACAUCGACAAGAUCACCAUGUUUGCGGAUUAUCGUAUCCCUCAAAUUUUGAUGACUAUGGGCGCCCUGUAUUGUUCUCCAACGGUAGCAGCCGCCAUCAAGGACAAGAAGAUGAUAAAGAGCGGAUGUUCAUGGGAGCUACAAAUACGAGCUUGCAGUAUCUGGUGUGUUGAGCUGAUUCGACGAGAGAUUCUGCGUCAACACCCUGACGCUCAUGUCAACGCCAUCCUAAUAGACUUUUUCCUCUACGACAGUAUGAAGGAACUGGAAGCGGCGGGUAAAGAGCCCAUUCCGCAUCAUCGGACAAGGAGUAUUUGGUACUAG